CUGUGUCCUGUCAAUGGAGAAUAUCAAGGGGCAGGGACGCUGAGGAUGGAGUGCAUGAAAUGACUAAUAACUGCAUAUUGUAACCGAUGGUAUCCGAGUCAUUCGAUUAUCUCUACCAAAGAAUUCCAGAUUGCAUUGUAAAUGUCUGAGAAACCUAGAGCCCAGUAUGAGGAAGACGACCAGGCCAGUGGCCGGCGUAACCAAAGCCACGGCAGCAGGCACUAAGGCCCAGACUGGGGAGAGAGUCAAGCCUGAGGGCGCCACCAUGGGCACAGCCGGCAAGAAUACGGCCAAGACCUCCGCCACCGCACCACUCGCUAAGGCGAAGAGCAGUGAUGACUUGUCAUCAGCAACAACAGUAGGCAGUGGAGCCUCCGCUGGGAUCAGCACUGUUGCUAAGUUCAAGAAGACUAGCUCUGCCCACUCUUCAACCUCUUCCACUACAGGCAAGCGUGGGACCUCCUCUGUGGUGAAGGAGCCCGGUUCAUCCCGGGAGGGCCUGCGAGAACGCUCCAGAACUGGCACCGCCAGCAGGAAGCUCUCCGGACCCUCGGACGCCUUGGCACCGCCCAAGAGAGUCCGUAGCCGGGCCAUGACUGAGUCCGAGUCCCGAAUGAGCAAGUCCAGGUCGGAUGGGCAGCUCAGCAAUAAGACGCUCCUGGAGAGCAGGGUGAAGGAUCUGCUGGGCCUGGCCAAGAGCAAAGAUGUGGAGAUCCUCCACCUGCGCACCGAGCUGCGGGCCAUCCGUGUUCAGCUAGGCCUGCCUGAGGAGGAUGGGGGGAGCAGAGAGAGGGGCGAGGGAGAGGAGACUGCUGAGGCUGAGCCCCUACAGGAACAGAAGAAAGAAGCCCCUACUCCGCUCAUCUAUACAGACGUUGAGUCCACCCUGCUCUUGCUGCAGGACCAGAACCAGGGGAUCCGCGUGGAACUGAACAUGCUAAAGAGUGAGAACCGCAUGCUGAAGGACCGCCUCAAUGCCAUGGGUUUCUCCCUGGAGCAGAGGCUGGACUGCUCCCUCAAAGCCCCGCGAGGCUCCUGCCUCAGCCCAGAGCUUCCUCCAGCAAGCGGUGGCAGAGAUGGAGGGUUCCAACGGGCCCCUUUUCAACAUGGGGUUUCCCCACACGGCUCUGCCUGCGGCUCCAAUGAAGACCUUCUGGACCCCCGGCGAGCCAUCUCCCCUGAGGCGGCCGACAGCGAGUGCAGCGAAGCCUACCAGCCGAUCACCUCCAGCGAUGAUGCCCUGGAUGCCCCCUCUGGUUCUGCCUCUGCCUGCUGCUCCUCCUCUGAGUCAGAGGGCGGGCCACCGAGUCACUGCGAGCGCUCCCGUAGCGGCAGCAGUGGCAACACCAGCAAGGUGUCGGUGGCCUGUCUAACGGAGCGCAUUCACCAGAUGGAGGAGAACCAGCACUGCACCUCUGAGGAGCUCCAGGCCACACUACAGGAGCUGGCCGACCUGCAGCAGAUCACCCAGGAACUAAGCACAGAGAAUGAGAGGCUGGGCGAGGAGCGGGUCAUUCUGGUAGACUCCUUGUGCCAGCAAGGUGACCGGCUGGAGUUGUACGGCCAGCAGAUGGACUACUUCCGGGGCCUGCUGGACGAGCACCGCGUGGCCUAUGCCCCGGUCGACGAGGAGGACACUAAGAGCAGCCGCUACCUGGAGCUGGAGCGCCGCUACGUGGACCUGACUGAUGGGACCCACUUCGAGAGGGAGCAGCUGCUGGGGGUGCAGCAGCACCUGAGCGGGGCAUUGAAAAUGGCGGAGCAGGACAACGCAGAAGCCCAGGGCCUGAUAUCAGCGCUAAAGGAGAGGGUGCACAUGUCUGAGCGGCAGGCUGAGAUGGAGCGCAGGGAUAGGGCAGCGGCGGCCACAGAGCUGGAGGUCCUGAGGGAGGCUGCCGUGGGGGAGCAGGUGCAGUUGGCUCGAUGCAGGGCCCAGCUGGAGCAGGAGAGACAGAGGGUGGCUGACCUCUACUCCAUCCACAAUGCCGGGGACAAGAUGGACAUCCGUCACCAGCUGGAAAGCGAGAGGAGGGACAAGGAGAGGGCAGAGGCGGAGUCUGCUCAGCUGCAUGAGGAGCUGGACCACACCCGCGACGAGGCCGCCAGGCUGGAGGACGGUAUCAGCAAGCUGGAGGAGAACUUCCGUGUGUUUCGUGAUGAGGUGCAGAAGCAGCUAGCAGAGCAGAAGCGGGCCCUGGCCCAUCAGUGUUCUGAGCUGGAGGAGAGGGACACUGAGGUCUCAGACAUUAAGGAGACCAUCUUUGAGCUGGAGGACGAGGUGGAGCAACACAGAGCCGUAAAACUCCACGACAACCUCGUGAUCACAGACCUGGAGUGCUCCGUCAAAAAACUGCAGGACCAAAAACAUGACAUGGAGCGUGAGAUCAAGAUGCUGCAUCGAAAGCUACGGGAGGAGUCUAUGGAGUGGCGUCAGUUCCAGGCCGACCUGCAGACGGCGGUGGUCAUCGCUAACGACAUCAAGUCCGAGGCUCAGGAGGAGAUUGGGGAUCUGCGGCGCCGCCUUCUGGACACACAGGAGAAGAAUGAGAAGAUGAGCAAAGAGCUGGAGGAGAUCAAGAAGCAGGAUGAGGAGAGGGGCAGGGUGUAUAACUACAUGAAUGCGGUUGAGAGGGACCUCGCUGCCCUGAGGCAGGGCAUGGGUCUCAGCCGACGCUCCUCUACCUCCUCUGAGCCCUCUCCCACCGUCAAGACCCUUAUCAAGAGCUUUGACAACGCCUCCACUGCAGGCCUUGUCCCAACCUCCCCCACAGCAGCCGUGCCAGCAGUUACCACAGCGAUUGCCCGUACACCCCUCAGCCCCAGCCCUCUGAAAACCCCACCCGCUGCUGCUAUCUCUCCCAUACAGAGGCACACUGCGUCGACCCCCAAGCCCCCAUCCUCCAUGGUGGACAAGAGGUCCAGUUACACAGACCUCACUAUGCCAGCAGAUCACCUGCUCCGGGCCUCACCUGGGACCCCCUCUGCCCUCCAGAGGGUCCCCAACAUGGACUCCAAGUCCCUCUCAGUGUCCCGAAGGUGCAGUGAGGAGCUGAAGAGGGACAUGUCUGCCUCAGAGAACACUGCCUCGGCCUCCCUCAUCACCUCCUCCCUUUCAGCUGCCUCCUCCCCCACCACUUCAGUCACCCCCUCCGCAAGGGGACGCUUACGGGAGGAGAGAAAAGACACCCUGUCUGCACUGGCCAGGGAGUACGGGGGGUCCAAGAGGAACGCCCUGCUGAAGUGGUGCCAGAAGAAGACUGAAGGAUACCUGAACAUUGAUAUCACCAACUUCAGCAGCAGCUGGAACGACGGGCUGGCCUUCUGUGCUGUUCUCCACACCUACCUGCCUGCCCACAUUCCCUACCUGGAGCUCUCCAGCCAGGACAAGAAGCGAAAUUUCACACUGGCUUUCCAGGCCGCUGAAAGUGUCGGGAUCAAGUCCUCAUUGGACAUUGGAGAGAUGGUGCACACAGAGAGGCCUGACUGGCAGAGUGUGAUGACCUAUGUCACUGCCAUCUACAAGUACUUUGAGACGUGACCCAUCUUCAAGCCUGAACACAUCGCCCACACACACAUCCAGCCAGGGAUGUCAACGCAACACUGGACAACCUUAGAGCAACAUCAGCCAAUGCUACCUGCGAAGACAUCUGGGACCCUGAGUUCUAUGUUAUGCUGCAUAGCUUACCUAAUUCAGCCAAUAUAUUCCAUGUUUACACUGCAAUUUUCUACAAACCCUUGGCUUGGGAUGCUCAUGUGGCUUCUCAGUUUGAUUGAAUUCUUCAGACUAGGCUGUGGAUAGACUGAGGCCAUGGGUAUUAGACAAUGUGUUGAACUGUCCUUCAACUUUCCCUGGGUCAGUGACUUCCUGUAUACUCAAGUCUUCUGGCCUCUUGACCCCAGUCCUAUGUGAACUCUGUGCUGCAGUAGCCUACACCAUCAUUACCUCCAACGUUACACUGUAGUUCAUGUUUAGCUAGCUGAAAGAAUGUGUGUAUGGUUUUGGAUUUGGAAUACUGCUAAGAACAGGAUUGCCUUUUUAAAAUGCCUUUGGCUUUGUCCAUUUGGUCACUAAGCUCAAUGACUUGAGGGUAAAUGUAAAUGUAAAGGGUAAGAGUGAUUUACCUGACUGACAGAGGGUCCAGCCUAAUUAUGGGUGUUCCAACUAGGCUGUUUUAGCCCAAUGCUUUGCUGGGAUAUUUAUUCCAAAGUGAUGAUAACUUCAUACGAAUCAAUGCCAUGGUUGUCUCUUGUUUUUGCCAAUUAUGACAAUGAGCAUUGACCCAUUAGGAAUAUUAAUAAUACACAGGACUUAUAGUGCUUUUUAAAGGACCCGAAGUCAGAGUUCAAUCACAUUGACGUCUUUUAGUCCAUUUAUUAUUUCUCAGUCCGUUGUGUCCAAACUCGGUAAGCGUGAUGGUUGGCCACCACGGCCAGUCUCUGGUUUUACAGUGAGGUCCCUGUAGCACACCCAUUCAUAAAUGAGCUGAACAACACAGGGAGCUGACUUGAUAAGCUAACAGUUUGGGCAUUAAGGUAAAACCACCACUUACUGUUCAGCAAAUCCUCCCUGGUUUCAAAGCACAACGGGGUGUGAGGCUCUUACUUAAAUGGAAUGCGUUUAAACCUUCAUCAAUGCCAUAAAAACCACAACGUUUCAAAGCCAUUGGGUGUACUACACACAGUAAAGCCCCUUCCUCCAGCACAGGAAAUCAUAUUAGCGAUGAAUGUUCCCACACAUGGGAAAAGCUUACAAUCGUUAUUUGCUUUGAAGUAGUUAAAUAAGUAUGUAUGAGAACUUAUGAGCUGUGUUUUGGUACAUUGGAAUAUUCUCCUUAUACUGAGAUACCAUGUGAAUAUUUCAUAACAUGUUGUUGUUGCUCAUAAAGGCAUCUGAUAAGGUUUCCACAGCUAAGAUGAGCUACAGUCAUUUAAAUGGUACUAGUCAUUGCCAGGAAUCAAGGCUAAUAGACAGUGUAUAAAACAUUACGAACACCUUCCCUCGGAAUAGCCUCAAUUUGUCGGGGCAUGGACUCUUCCAUGUUACAAUGCUUCCCACAAUGGAGCCCACAGUUGUGUCAAGUUAUAUACACGGGAAACUGUUGAGCAUGAAAAAUCCAGCAGUGUUGCAGUUCUUGACACAAAACAGUACAGUGUGCCUGGCACCUACUACCAUACCCUGUUCUUGCCCAUUCACCCUCUGAAUGGCACACACACAAUCCAUGUCUUAAUUGUGUCGAGGCUUAAAAAUCUUUUAACCCGUCUCCCCUUCCUCUACACUGAUUGAAGUGGAUUUAACAGGUGACAUCAAUAAGGGAUCAUAGCUUUCCCCUGGAUCCACCUGAUCAGUCUAUGUUAUGGAAAGAGCAGUUGUUCUUAAUGUUUUGUACACUCGGUGUAAUGUAAACCUUCCAGUUAUAGGGUAAGUUGGUGUAACACGCACCCUGCCUGUACAUCUUACAGGAACCACUUCAUGUCACAAUCUUUCCCCAACACUUUCCCUGGUUGCCACUGUUUCUCAACAAAAAAAAGUUAUAUCUGUCUCAUCACAGAGUGAUUCUGAGGUAGGGUGAUGUUUUACCCCCCCAAGUUACCAGACAAUUGAUCUGUUCCAUUUUGUCUCACACCCCUAUGUACUCGUGGUGAAUUGCGGAGCGGUGUAACUACUUACACGGAACACUAUGGUCAUGAUUUUGUUAGGACACUUGUCAUGUUUUGGUUAAGUUGGUGUUUUGGUUUCUACAGUUCCUGGUUUGGACCUUGUAAUAUGUUAUCCGAUGAAAUGUACUCGUUCAUAAAUAAGAGAAUUGGGCUACAUUAUAAAGGUCUCUGAUGUCUCGCUGUAAUAUGAAUUGGAUCUAAAGUAGACUGAGCAUACCUAGAGCUUGUUAUGUACUGUAUGGGAACACUUCUCAAAGUAAAGAGUUGCCAGUCCGUCCUAGCUAACAGUAGGCAGGAUGCCAAUGUAUUCUUAUUUCCUUCUCUCCUUUUAUAGCUCCACUCUGUUUAGUCAAUGAUUUAAAGACAUGCUCUGGUACUUUUGUGACUAAUAAGUUGUUUUUUUAACCUGCCGCUUUGGGCUGGAUGUGUCAGUGUAGUUCAUACAUAAUCUAUGAGCUGAAUUACUCUCUUACCUCAAUUAACCACGAAAUCCGUUGUUUGAAAGUGACUGAUUUCUAAACGCUGUGCUGUCAUCCCAUGUGGGCCAGCACCCAAGCAGUUCAGGUUCCAGCCAAUGAGAUUCAGGCCCUUGCCAUUUUAAAUGACAGCUAGCAAGAAUCACACAGCAGAGCGAGAACGAGAGAAAUGACGUGGUGCACAAUCUGCCGACGUGAUGUAGUAAGCAAUUUUCGGGGACCACUUUUGGCUCGUGGGUGCUACUUUUAGAACUACUGGCUAAAAAGUACCAGAGAAUCCCUUUAAGGUCCCUGGGCUCAUUUGACCAUGGUUGAGCCUCCAACUACUCGUGUCAGAGGACCAUUGAGUUAAAAGCAUUCCCAAAUACAAACUGGGUUGACUUAACAGUUGUCCUCAAUGUAAAGUUAACACUACUUGGCCGUUUUAACUUAUUACGAAAUUUAAAAAGUAUUUUGUUUUUUGAAUGAGGUGAAAAGCAUAUUCAAAGAAAAUGUAAUGAUGCUUUUUUUAUUCACUUUUGUGUGUGUUUGUGUUGAAGCUUGUAUCUUGAUGCAAUACAAAUGACUGCAGUUGAAUUCACUGAAUAACUUAAAUCAUAUUUUCUUAUUGUUCUUUUUUUAGACAUCUGUAAUCUAUUAUUGAUUCCGUUUUUUAAUUCCCCAUUGCUAAUAAACUGUCACACUGA